AUGAAGCUGACACAGAGGUACAUCCUGAUAUCUGUAUUCAGUCUAUUGGCGUGCUUCACGCUAACCUAUGUCGUUCUAUUGCACAAUACGAUUACACAGUUAUCUACGGAAAAUAAAACAAUUACCAAUAGAGGCAGCUCACAACAUGGAGGUUUAAUUGAUAGUGCAAUAAAAACUAGACAGAUAACAAUGACUGCAGAUGAAUUUAGAAAGAAUCCAGGAAUGAAGACAGGAAAUCCUUUGAUUGACGAUUAUGGUAAAAAUGAUAUGACUCUUAAAGGCGAGAAUGGUUCAAAAGUUGUUUUUCCCAAAGACAAAAUGGCGGACGUAAAAGCUUCGCUGGCUCGACAUCGUCUUAACGUGCUGGCCAGUGACGCCAUUCCACUCAACAGAAUCGUUCCCGAUUCCAGAUUCAAGAGAUGUCCUAACAUCACCUACGACCACGACCUGCCCACUGCCAGUGUGAUCAUCCCGUUUUACAACGAGUGGCCGAGCAUUCUGCUGCGUACAGUGUACAGCAUCAUCAACAGAACUCCACGACACCUACUGUGGGAAAUACUCCUCAUUGAUGACUCCAGUGAUCUAGAGGGACUUAAAGAAUCUCUUGACACGUAUGUAGCAUCACAUUACCCACGAGGACUGGUGAAAAUCAUACGCAUGCCUGAACGAGUGGGUUUGAUCAAGGCUCGACAACACGGCUGGAAGAUAUCAACCGGUGACGUCAUAGUCAUUUUCGAUAGUCACAUGGAAGUGAACAAAGACUGGCUACAGCCGCUGCUGACGCUGAUUAAGAGCGAUAGAAAGACGAUAGCGCUGGGUACCCUGGACUACAUCAAGGCGGAGACUUUAGAGUACACCUGGAAUCACAACUACCUGACGAGAUACGGGUUUGACUGGCGCAUGCUGUUUUAUGAGACCUACUUCAGACCAGACAACGUAGGACCUGAUCUGGAAACUCCUAAAAGGGGUGUAGUAAUGGUGGGCACUGGCUACGCCGUGGACAAAAAAUAUUUUGGAGAAAUUGGCGGCUUUGAUGACGGAAUGAAAGUGUGGGGAGGCGAGAACAUCGAGUUAGCAUGGAGGACCUGGAUGUGCGGCGGUCAACUCAUGCACGCGCCCUGCUCCAAGAUCGGUCAUAUUGCCCGAUCUCAGCCCUAUCAGUUUCCUGGAGGUCGCCGGAAGACGGAAGUGACAAACUACAAGCGAGCCGUGGAGGUGUGGAUGGAACCGGAACACAAGAAAUUUGUAUACGACUUCUUCCCGGACAUGAAAGAGGUAGACGCUGGUGAUUUGAGUGACCGCCUGGCAUUGAAGAAGAAACUCAAGUGUAAAAACUUCACCUGGUUCCUUGACAACAUCUGGCCGGAGCUGCUGGUGUACGAUAGAAACGUUUUCGCCUGGGGUUCGGCAAGAAAUCCGUCAUCAAAUCGUUGCCUUGACAACCACCAACAUUUAUUCCAAGCUCCGAACCCGCUGUUUGCGGACCUGUGUCACUAUCAUUUUGCCACUCAGGGAUUUUCGUGGAUCACCGACCGGACAUUACGAACAUCUCUUCACUGUGUAGUGUUGAAAUCUUACCGGCUAAAAGAAAGACCACAAAUCCAGGGCUGUUUAGCCGGGUCACGUGACGUAUGGAUUCACCUAAAGAAUGGAUUCCUAAAACAUGAGAUCAGUGGACUGUGUAUGGACCUAGACGAAGUUGGACCUUUUAUGAACACGUGUCAAAUAGACUCGCCGUCACAGAUGUGGACUUUUAACAAAUAUAAUAUUUAGCACAAAAUAUAAUAUAUAUAUA